GAGGAAGGAGACCUCGCCAUGGGGCACAACAGGAGCUGGAUCCCAAAAAGCCAAGGCGAGCAUGCCCUCUACCAAGCCGUCACCAGGGCUGUGGAGAUGAGGAACGUGUCAGCGGCCCACGGGGCAUGGAGCAGGAGGAACACCAGCGGGAUCGGCACCCUGGAGAAUGGCGAGGAGCAAACCUACAGGCACUUCACCACUGCUGUGCAAGUUGUCAUCUUCGUGGGCUCUUUGCUGGGCAACAUCACGGUGCUGUGGUCGACUUGCCGGCCGUCGGUGCUCAAGUCCGUGACGAGCCGGUUCGUGCGGAACCUGGCGUGCUCGGGGAUCUGCGCCAGCCUGGUCUGCGUGCCUUUCGACAUCGUCCUCAGCGCCAGCCCCCACUGCUGCUGGUGGAUCUACACAAUGCUCUUCUGCAAAGUUGCCAAGUUUUUGCACAAAGUCUUCUGCUCAGUAACCAUCCUGAGUUUUCCGGCCAUUGCUCUAGACAGGUACUACUCUGUUUUAUACCCUCUGGAAAGAAAAAUAUCUGAUGCAAAAUCCCGUGACCUGGUUAUCUACAUCUGGGCCCAUGCAGUAGUGGCCAGCAUCCCAGUGUUUGCUGUGACCAACGUGUCUGAUAUUUAUGCCAUGUCCACGUGCUCUGAAUCCUGGAGUUAUUCCCUUGGUCACCUGGUGUAUGUCAUCAUCUACAACGUCACCACUGUGAUUGUACCUGUGGCUGUGGUAUUUCUCUUUAUGAUUCUUAUCCGCAGAGCACUGAGUGCCAGCCAGAAGAAAAAAGUCAUCAUAGCUGCCUUAAGGACCCCUCAGAAUACAAUAUCUAUCCCUUAUGCUUCCCAGCGGGAAGCUGAGCUUCAUGCCAUGCUGCUUUCCAUGGUUAUGAUAUUUAUUUUCUGCAGUAUCCCCUACGUGACCCUGGUGAUUUACCGCACCAUUCUCAACACUUCAGAUAUUUCCGUCUUCUUGUUCCUCACUGCCAUUUGGUUGCCAAAGGUCUCUCUACUAGCCAACCCCUUGUUGUUUCUAACUGUUAACAAGUCCGUACGGAAGUGCGUGGUGGGAACCUUAGUGCAGCUGCACCGACGAUACAGCAGGAGAAACCUUGUCAGCUCCGGUGGCGUCGCAGACACCAACUUGGAGGCCAGUGUCCGUUCGGGGAGCCAGCUGCUGGAGAUGUUUCACAUCGGGCAGCAACAGAUCUUCAAGCCAACAGAGGAUGAGGAGAAUGAAACCAGAUCCAUUGGCUCGGGUGACUUUCAGCAGAAGGAAGUUCCUACAGCCAGUUUAGAGGUAGAACAGACUUUGGUUCACAAAUCUAUACCGCGCACGGCUGCAGACUCUGCAGCUCAGGUGGCCCCAGCUGUGCCCACAGAUGCCGAGUUGACAAAUGACAAGUAUUCCGUGCAGUUUGGGUUUGGCCCCUUUGAGCUGCCUCCACAGUGGCUCUCAGAAAGCCGGAACAGUAAGAAGCGACUCCUGCCUCCUUUGGGAAAUACCCCUGAGGAGCUAAUCCAGACAAAGCAGCCCAAGGGUAAAGCAGAAAGAAAAAUCAGCAGAAACAAAGUCAGUAUCUUUCCUAAGGUGGAUUCUUAGUAGGAGCAGAAGCUGUGGCAGAGGAGUCACCUUCUAUUUUAUGUGUGAUCCCAUGGAUCUUUGUUAUCCUGAAAUUUGUUACAGGCUAUUUUUUCAAGCUAAUUCAA